AUGGCAGUAGAGUGGGAUGAUAUGGAGGCUGAAGUAUUGGCUGAUGAGAAAUUAAAUGGGAUUAUGCAGAAGUUGUUGGUGGGAGAAAAAACUAUACCCGAUUUUGCAUUAAUGAAUGGAAAACUCAAAUAUAAAGGGAGGUUAGUGCUUGCAAAAACCUCUAAAUGGAUUCCAAAAAUUCUGAUGGAAUUUCAUAGCUCCAAGCUGGGAGGCCAUUCGGGCUUCUUUAGAACUUACAAGAGGAUGUCUGCUAUCCUUUACUGGGAAGGGGGAUUACCCAAAGUCAAACGGAUGGAUACGAAAUUUGUGGUGGUGGAUCACAUGACUAAAUAUGCUCAUUUCUUCCCACUUUCACAUCCCUUUACGGCAAAGGAUGUUGCUGUUUUGUUCAUUAAGGAAGUGGAAACCUCCAGCUUUAUUACGAGGAGGGAUGGAAUCUUCAGUGGAGGACGUAAUGGUCUUAUUAGAGGAACGAAAUCAGAUGCUGGAUGA